CCACAUGCUCUGGUACUGUAGGAAAAAGUACUGUAGGUCACCACCAUGAACCUACGGAGUCACUAGCCAGGGUUCUGUUUGGGUACAGUAUCUGAUGAAGUACAUUAAAGUACUAACAUUAACAUUAAAGUUAGCAGACUGACUUGUCCUUACUUAGUUAUUGUUCAUUGCUUUCUGCUACCACAGAAUGUAUGGUAAUAAUUGAACAAAUGCUAAAGCAGUGGUUCCCAAAAUAGGAGAUGGGACCCCCUGGGUGGCACAGGCAAACAAUUUAUGUCCCAGUGAGACAAACUGCUCUGAUUUGUUGUUGUUUUUUAUUAUUAUUAUUUCAUUUGAUCAAAGAGAAGAGCAGUUUUGUAGGAAUUACAGCUGUGAAUGUUGACGUUGGGUUGGGGGGGGGGUGAAAACCACUGUGCUAAUUAAUUAUUGUCUGUAUAGUGUUAAACGUAGGACAAAACUUCAAACAUGAGACAGACAUUAAAUGUCUUUUCUCAGUAGGGAGGUAUUGAACCCUAAACCUCUGUAUGGCAGGCAGGAACCAUCCCACACUUACUCCUCAUGUCUUCAGUGAUUGGUUGAAAUCUUAAACAUUUAAGGACAUUUAGUUAAAACCAUGGAGUGAGAUUUUUCCUGGUCCUUUCAGCAGCUUGGUUCCACUGACUUUAUAAAGCAGGGACUGCCAGCGUACACUUCCGGCCAUUUACCUCUCAGUUUGAAGUCAAAAGAACUUCUCAGUCCUGUAUCCAGGCUCUCCUUCAGGGUGCAGGUGGUGCUGUGGCCAGAGCCUGGUUUUAAGCAGUUUGUUGUUGUUGAGUGCAGUGGAGACGGAGCAGGAGAUUGACAUGUGACGGAGGCAGAGCCUGCAGUGAUGGAGCUGCUCCACCUGUCAGCUGAGGUAAACAGAGCGGAGCUGGAAGGCUGCCGGUCGACGUCUUCACCUGAGCUCAGUGUCUUUGUUCGAUCCUCAGUUCAUCACUGUUUUUUUCUGGUUUGUUCAGAGAUGGAGUGGCGCCAACAGAGCAGCAUUAGCUCCGCUGAAGCCUUCACCGAGGCUCGACGCUGGAUCGAGGAGGUGACAGAAAAAUCCUUUAUGUGCAGUGAUUUUCGUGCUGCCUUAGACAACGGAGUUCUACUGUGCGAUUUAAUCAAUCGACUGAAGCCUGGCAUCAUUAAAAAGGUGAACAGGCUGUCGACGCCUAUUGCUGGCCUGGACAACGUCAACCUUUUCCUGAAAGCCUGUGGAAAACUGGGAUUGAAUGAAUCCCAGCUGUUUCAUCCAGGAGAUCUGCAGGACCUGUCCAGCCGCGUGACCCUCAGACAUGAUGAAAGCCACAGAAGACUGAAAAAUGUUCUGAUCACCAUAUACUGGUUGGGCCGUAAGGCACACCUGGACUCCUCCUACUCUGGUCCUCAGCUGAACCUUAGAGCCUUUGAAGGACUCUUAGGUCUGGCCCUGUCUAAGUCCUUGAACGAGGGCAGUAAUAUUUUGGUAAAGGGUGAAGAGUACCGACUGUCCUGGCAUCCUCGUCAGUAUAUGGGACAGAACUCUGUGGACACAGAACUUCUGGACUCUAAUGGUCCUGGCAUAAACAACGAAGGAUGUGGAAGUGAUGCUGAAGCUGAGCAGGUCUUCAGAGUGGAGAGUUCCAAGUCUUCACCUCCUUCAAACAACGGCUAUUUCCUGCUGUCACACCACAGAAAACAAGGACAGGUGGUGAAUGGAAGGGACAGGAGCAGUCCUAUAACCAGACUGUAUAAAAACCCGGUCAGGCCUGAGAGACCAGUUCAGGUCAACCCAGGCUGGAUUUGGAGCAAAUCCCUCAGUGAUAUCCCCAUGGUCUAUUCUGUGAAGAAAUGUCCUCAAGACAACGGCGUCCAUGAUGUGGACCGGGACUGUGACUCAGCAGGAGACUGGAACAAAGAGAACACACAGAUGAGCAGAGUGUCUGUCAAAGACGGUGAAGUUCUAUGGCAGGAUCACUUGACAAAGUGGAAGAAUCGUCGUAGGAGCACAAAGUCUGACCACGAAAGGAAGUCACAAGACAGGGAGCACGUCAUUAGCCAGAUGACCAACAGGGUGAUGCCUAACUUUGAGAAGAGUGAGGCGCAAGGCAAAGAACUGCCACAGAGAGAACAGGUGUCAUCACGCAGAGACAACCCUGGUCCCCUGUCCUCACGCCAGUGUCCACCAACCAGCGGUCUCCGACCACACACCGUAGCCCUGCUGUCUCGUAGCUACACCAGCAAAGCAGCCCUCUGUCCCACAUCCUCACAUCCACCACUGGGUCCAUCACUUGGACCCACUCCCGUCUCUGUUGGUGCUGUUACUGGAACUGUUUCUUCUGGAGGUGUCGUCUUGGAACAAGGUGAGGAAAAAGGCACCGUGGAACAGGCCACAGGAGUACACAAGUACUUGUCCAGUACUUUGUCCUGGUCUGGCUCAGCCAGCCUUCCACGUGGUUUCCGACGGUCCGAAGGUUCAUCCCGUCCCUCAUCGACAGUAACAACUAAACCCUACGGAACCAGGCCGUCGAGGGUGACGUCACUGCCACGAAUGUACAACGUGGACUACAGUCAUGGUGUUCUGUUGAAUUGUGAGAAGGAAGACCCUCUACCCAAAUCCACCAGAUCUUCAUUAACUAGACAGACCGCUGCCACUAAUCUGUGCAGCCAGGCUUCCCUGAGGGAGGAGAGAGACGAGGAGACGAAGCAGAAGGCUACUGAACAGAUGGAGGAGGAGAGAGGAGAUGCUGGGCUCUCCAGCCAGACUUCUUUCAGUGCCAACGGAAUCCGUCACCAUCAGCCAUACAACCACAACCAGCCGUCACCGCAAUUCUAUGCAAAUCAGAAGUCGCAGCAGAAGAAAAGCUCAACUCUGCCUUCAUCAAAGGUGGAUCACAGUAACAUGAGGGUGAGCAUUAGCCUGAGACCCAGCAGCAGACCGGACUUUGGUCUCCAGACUCACUGGGACUCCACCGGACUGAGAGUGACUUCCAUUCAACCCGGAAGUCCAGCUGAGCUUUGUCAACUGUGUGCGGACGAUGAGAUCGUGACGGUCGAUGGCGUUGCUGUUUCUCUGAUGAACAACAGGCAGUGGGAAGAAAAAAUGAGUUCUGCUCUGCAAACAGGAAAUCUAAUAAUGGACAUCCGCCGCUAUGGAAACACAGAUUGGAGUGGCACCGACGAUGGUCAUCAUAUUAAACCAGGCCAGCACCGGGUGACACUCAAUCUGACACGGGCACCUGUUCUGAUGGGUCAUCUAGUCAACGGUUCAGUGAACCGCAGUGGGCAGAAGGACAAUAUCAUGCCAGACAAAGACAACAAUGCUGUGGUUGCUGACGGACACAAGACGUACACCAGAAGUGAAGGAGGUUCGAGCUCUGCGAUAUCUGAUCUCCAGGUGCCCUCCCUCAGCCCCUCCUCCUCCAGCUGGUCGUGGGACCGCGAGGAGGAUCGUCGCAGGCAGGAAAAGUGGCAGGAAGAGCAGGAGCGCCUUCUACAGGAGCAGUACCAACGAGAUCAGGAACGGCUGGAGGCCGAGUGGAAACAGGCGCAGCAGGACGCCAACGUGGGCUGCAGGCCAACAUCAGGGUCGCAGCAGACCAGCAGACCCGUCAUAGACCAGGUGAACACCCUGACUCACAGACAAGGAAAAGUGCCGAGCGCUGACAUCAAGGAGCUGAAACAAGUGGGACCAACAGUGGACGGUAGAAGACAGGAAGUUCAGAGCGUCACUGAACAAAGAUGGGCUGCAGACUCUUAUGGCUUCACUCAGCUGUCGCCUGCACACAGGGCCAAAUCUCUGUCCACCCCAGCGUUGGCCGACUGUCACCGACAGAUAAAAGGUGAGCAAUGGAGAAGAAAAGGUCAGAGUCUGUCCAAGGCUGAGAAGGAGAGACAGCAGAUCCUGGAGGAGAUGAAGAAGAGGACGCAGCUGCUGACUGACAACAGCUGGAUACGUCAGCGCAGCAGCAGCUUCUACAAAGAACCCAUCUGUGUCGGUUCUCCCCUGAAGAGGUACGAGUCCCUGGACGACCUGGAGUCUCUGCACCAGUCCACUUCCUCUGUGGCCACAGGGGGCAGUCCUCGUCCACACUCUGCUGCUGCAGGUUACUGUGCUCCCACCAGGAACUCCUCCUCCCGCUACAGCACUGGAGGAAUUCUGUGCCGGAAAAAUCUGUCCAUGGACUCCACUCACUUCAGCAGUGUACGGACCGUGUCCAGUGUUUCAGAGGAACUGAGGCUGAAGUCCCGGUUGGAACCUACAGCAGGUGGCACCACGGUUAACGCUGCCGUGUCUGGCUCAAAUAUGCUGAUGCCAGUCACACAGGAGCGGCUCCAGAUCACUGAGUAAGAACCUGAAUGAACAUCACAGAACACUUUUUUAACAUUACUAAGAGCCAAGCUGUGAGCCACACUUUGAACCACAUCAGAGUCGUUUCAGUCUGUGAGAGAAAAAAAUGUUUCUAUUCCUGCUAAUUUACUGGAUGAAUUAAUAUAUAAAAUACAGUCAUUAUGAUUGUUACUAGGUUGAAUUAUUGUCUUGAUUCUAUACAUUAGUGCUGGUUCUGAUCUUUAUCUUUUAGUCAUAACAUAUAAUAAAUAUAAUAUUAACAUUAGUCCACACAUGGUGACACUGUUUAAUUUGUGUUAAAUCACUGUUUUCACUUCACCGUCACAUCGUCAUCCUCUUCUAUUUGUCACAUUAUAAAUGAGUUGUCGUCCAAUUUGUUUGUUUUGUAAAUAAAGUGAACUGAACA